AUGGGGUUCUUCGGUAUUGUUCGUCAAGAAAAAAGAUGGUACUCUGAGACCGCCGACCCUUGUUUCUUCUUCAUCACAUCUCCACCCGAUCUUCUAUCGUCGCCGCCCUCUGCUCUAGUUUCACCACCACAGCAACUUUGGGAUUUCAUUAGAGAGGAGGUUACGGAUCAGAUUUGGGGAAGUUUUGAUUGGGGUAUCUGGUUGCUAUAUCUCAAUCUGGUAGUGGUGCUUUCUUGGUCCCAGCAGCUACACUUUCUGGCAACAACCAUCCCUAGUUGUGGAUCAACAGUUGCUGUGAAAUUUAGGACUUUGAUCCGAGACAAGCGUCUUGACGUAGGAUUUCUGGAUACGAUCUUCUUUAGAGGUUGAAGCCGUCAGGAGGUUCCAGUUUCUAGUCCCCUUGCCACAAGGAUUUUCGCUUUGGUCUUUUGGUUUUGUGUUUAUUUGUUUAGAGUUAUUUUUUAGACUUGUUCUGGUUUUGCAUUCUGUAUUUUGUGUGGUUUGUCUUAAGACAUUGUAAUGGUUGAACUUUUGCUUGCUCGGUGGAUUUUCUAUUUGGUAUGUUUUGCUACGCGCCUACCGGUAGGUAGAAGAGGUAAGUUUGGAUGUUGUUUACGAUUU